AUGUCCAACAUUAAUUGCUCAACCGACUUGCACGAAAUUUCCAACUGUACAGAUCUGAGUACCAAGAAAAGCAGUUACAGCGCUCCUUACGUAAACGUGGUAACCUUUUUCUAUAUUUUAAUCAUUGUCACAUCUCUAGCAGCAUAUGGAAUCAUCAUCGCAACUGUUUGCAUGAAUCGGCGUUUACGAACGAUCUGCAAUUAUUUUAUCGUCAGUCUUGGCAUAGCCGACUUAAUGAUCGUUUCCAUGGUGAUUCCAGUCAACAUUGGCUUGAUACUGGGAACAUUUCGCUUCAAGUCGGCCGAACAAUGCGUAUUUUUGUCCACCGUGAACUUAGUCAGCCUUUCAGCCGUGUCGCUAAAUCUUUGUACUGUUAGUAUGGAGAGAUUCUUUGCUAUUGCCUUUCCCUUCAAAUACGAAGCAUUCACGACAACAAAAGCCACCGCUGGAGUCAUAGGCACCGUUUGGGUGUAUUCAUUGGUUGCUGCUCUGUUACCAUUGAUGGGUUGGAGGGCUCGGCCUGCAGCACUUCGAGGCCAUGUCUGCCUCAAUGACAACGUCGAAAGCUACACUCUGUUCAUGGCUGUAGGAAGUUUCUUCAUUCCUGCGUUCAUUAUGUUAACUACAAACACAAUUGUCUAUCGCAUCGCCGCCAACCAGGCGAAGCGGAUUUUUCGCGUCGUUCCGGCGAUGGGUCCAAGCGCUGAAAAAAUCCGUAAAAACUUCCGAGCAGCGAAGCGCAUUUCUCUAAUUGUGGGUGCGUAUCUCCUUUGUUGGGUCCCUCAUAUGGUCGUGCUCGUAAUGGGGCUAAUCAUAGGCGCACGCAGCAUACCCCUUUUUGUGUACCCAAUCACUUUGUCCCUUCAGUACAGUUGCUCAGCGGUGAAUCCUUGUCUAUUCUGUUUUACCAACCAAGAAAUGAGAGGCACAUUGAAAAGAAUGGCAUGGAAAGUCUUACGAAGGACACCUGACAUAACACUUUCAAGUGAUAGAGGCUUGGCGCUGGAGAGGAGGCGAUCUACUGCUCACAGAAUUAGCCAAGCUACAGAUAUUUCUGCACUGGGAAGUAAGGGCGAUUCAAGGACAACCGUAAGGGCAUGCACUUUAGAGUUUUCAGCUCAACAAGGAAAUAAUGAAUGCAACUCCAAACUUUGA